CCCCUGUCGUUGCAAGGAUAAGAAGUAUUCUCUCUCUGAAAAUGAAGAAAAAUGCGGGCAAACAGAAAAAAAAAACCCACUAAAAACCAGAAGCUAUGGUUGCAUCCUCUUCUCUAUCAGUCAUCACCAGUCAGUAUUUGCUUCUUACAUAUCUACCCAAUCUUCCAGUUUCACUUAAAACCCCCAAUUUUCUUGAAAAAUCAAGAAGAAAACCAGCCAUUUUUACAGUCUCAUUGUUCAAUUCUGAGGUGAACAGAAGAAGCAUCACAAGAUUGAAUGCUGCAGGUUUUGCAGAGAUUGAGCCUGACCUUGUUGAAGAAAAGGGAGACCGUUGGGCCACUAAUGGAGUGAGCGCGGAAGAUUUUCAUUAUGGGGAGUACGAUGAUCAUCACACUUACCACGAAGGCGAAGGCGAAAAGCGGACAUUUUGGGAAUUGGUCAAGUCUGAUUAUGAUGCAGCAGAACCCCCCUCUGGCUUCCAAGGGCUUCUGGCAUGGCUUUUUCCUCCAGCAGUGGUUGCUGGCAUGGCUAUGCAUGUUGAGGGCGAGUACUUGUUCAUUGGUGCCGCCGUGUUUGUGGUGAUCUUUUGUGCAAUUGAGAUUGGAAAGCCUGAUAAACCCCAUAACUUCGAGCCUGAGAUAUACAACAUGGACAGAGGGGCUCGUGACAAGUUGAUAGAAGAGUAUAAUACCAUGGAUAUAUGGGAUUUCAAUGAGAAGUAUGGAGAACUUUGGGACUUCACACUGAAGAAUGAUGAACUAAUCAAGCAACUGAAAUCAAAAUAAUAGAAGAGUAGAAGGCCAUGGAUAUAUGGAACUCCAAUGAGAAAUGUGAAUACCUGAAGAGAGAGUGCAUUAUCAAGCAAUUGAAACGAUACACAACUCCACAAAGCAUCAGUUUGUAUAAUACUGGUUCUCGUGUAAGCUUAUCCAUGAUGCAUGACACUGAGAUUGUAUGGAAUGAUAUUUGUAAGAGUUGGGAAGAUGCAUCAAGUUCUUGUAGUGAA